AGAUGAAAAAUUACAUGUCUGUGUACUUGCAUGAUCAAUUACCGUGUGUUCGUCAAUUGACAAUUAUCGUAAUGAGUUCCUAUUAGCAUGUCGUGUAGGACUACUUUUAUUUAUAAAUCAAAAUUUUUUGUUUAGUUUUGUGUGUUUGCAUGCUGCGAAAGAAAGCUGGGUUUCUUUGAAUGUAUAAAUAAAUUCUGUUCUGUUUGUUUUUUCCCUCUAUUUUUGAAAAAAUAACAGCAUGCUGGCAAUGAAGUUUUGCAUGAUCAUUCAAAUAUUAUGGCUGAAACUGAGUUUCUGAACAGUUGAAAAUUUAUGGGUUGCAAUUACAUUUCAUUACAAAUUAACAUGAACAUUCUCAUUGACAUACAUGCACGGUUAAUGUUUUUUGCCAAACACACAGCUUUUGUAAAUGCUAAACAUUGAGUGCUUUAUUAUUGUAUUAGUCCACGGUUUAUUUAUGUGCCACAAUUUAAUUGAUAUCAUUUUUAUUCAUUUCAAACUUUUGUUAAAUGUUUUAAAAGAUAUCAUGGAAGGUCUUGAAUCUUCUGAUAAGGCUGCUUGGACAAAGGAAAUGUUGCAUAUAUUUUGUGAUAUAUGCAUUAAGGCAAUUGAUAUGGGAAUGAGACCUAAUACUCAUUUCGAUAAACCGGGGUGGAAAUUUCUUAUAACAUCAUUCAAAGAACAAACUGGGCAUGCAUUUACUAAAACACAAUUGAAAAACAAAUGGGAUGGAUGCAAAAAGGAUUGGAGGAUAUGGAAUAAGCUGGUUUCUGAAACCGGUGUUGGCUGGAAUAGUGAAUUAGGCACAAUUGCAGCUAGUGAUGAGUGGUGGAAACAAAAAAUUCAGGAAAUUAGAGGAGCCAAAAAAUUCAGACAUGUCAGUAUUGAGCCGUCUUUAAAGAAUAAAUUUGACCGAAUGUAUUCCAACAUUGUCGCAACUGGAGCGUUUGCAUGGGCUCCUUCAUCAGGUGUACCUGCUGGCAGUGGUGUUGAUCCUGGUACAAGCAAUGCCGACAUUGCUGAUGAUGGUUUGGAAGAGGGCAGCGGUGAUUCGGAGGAAGAUGUGAUUCCAGAUUUCCAGACUGAUAUGGCUCGAAUGGUUGGAGGGAUACAUAUGUCUAGCAGCACCAAUACAAAAAGCGGCGAUAAAAGAAAAGAACGAGAUCAUUAUGAUGUGCGAGGUAGAAAGAAGAAAACAUCUGGAAUUGGUGUUAAGUUGCUGACAAGGUGCAAUCAUCUACUUGAGAGUAUGUCAACUAAGAGUGAUUCGACGUCUGUUAAUAUGGAUCGUGAAGGCUGUAGUAUUCCCGAGGUCAUGGCUGAGCUGCACUCCAUUCCUGGAGUUUCAGUUGACGAUGAUUUUCAUGACUUCGCUACGGAGUAUCUUAGUCUAAGAAGGAAAAGAGAAAUGUGGUCCAGUAUGGGCGAUAUGCAACAGAAGUUGCGAUGGUUGCAGCGAAUGUAUGAACGAAGUAAACGUGCUUAGCUGACAAGAGUAAUGGGAUGCCGGUUUUUAAAAGAGUAGUUGCCAUUUGCCGAAGUUUGUUCGAGGCAUUGUAUUUGCGGUAAUUGAUGUACUGUUAUAUUUAUUAAACUGCUUUACGGGAUUUAACAGACUUGUAUGAGAAAUUGUUGGUUGUAAUG